AUGACAAAGAAGAUGAACUGGUACCAGCUCAAAACCCAACCCACUGCUCAGAAUCUGAUGCUCAUGAACGGCGCCAGUCCGAUCCCCACGUCCCAUUGCCACCAAAGUUCAAGCCUCGGCCCUGCAGAUUCUGAUGGAGAGGAAUCAAGACCUCGGUCAAGCAAGCAACACCAUCCUGCAAGUGCCUCUGUUCACCAUGACGAUGAGGACCAGCCUCCACAUCCAAAGCCGAAACCGAAGCCGAAACCUCGUUGUACUACUCGCGAUGAGCAUGAGGAUUCAGUAGGUGAGCUUGUGGCUGAGCAGUUGGGUAUGAUUGGGGAGUCCCGGCCAGCGACCGCACCAGUACCUCCACACACCUCAUCCCCACUGUCAGAUCUGACUGACAAUGACAACAACUUCACCCCUCCACCCCUCACUCAGCCCUCAAAGCAAAAAGGAAAAAAGAAAGCUACUACGGCUCUGGACGCCCCACAAAGAACUUCUGGUCGACGCAAGAAUGGUUACUAG